ACUCCGCUGCCGAGGACGCCAGGAUCGCUUUUCUUCUCCUUUCCCCUCCCUAAACGCGAGAUGCUUGGCCAAAUGCAAUUAAAUGGAGCAAAGCUGAACGAGUGCGGGGAAGCGUACACCUGCUCCUGCAUUCAAGUGGGAUAAAACAAGUGGGAAGGUCAUUGAAAGUGAAGGAAAGGAAGGAGGGAGGCUGCGUGGAGCCCGAGCUGGAGCGGAGCAUGCUUAUGGAGGAGGAGGGCACCGCGAACUGGCAACAUCUGUAACUUCUCUCUGGGAGAUUUUUUUUUUUUUUUUUUUUUUUUUUUGGGACGCGCGAGAGUGCGCGACAUUUUGCGAAUAAACAUGCCGGUGAGAAGAGGACACGUCGCUCCACAAAACACAUUUCUCGGGAUUAUUAUCCGGAAAUUCGAGGGUCAGAACCGUAAAUUUGUGAUAGCCAACGCCAGGGUGGAAAACUGUGCGAUCAUAUACUGCAACGACGGCUUCUGCGAGAUGACGGGCUUCUCCAGGCCGGACAUCAUGCAGAAGCCGUGCACCUGCGACUUCCUCCACGGCGACCAAACGGAUAAGGAGGCCAUCGGCCAGGUGGCCCUGGCUCUGCGGGGCUCCGAGGAGCGCAAGGUGGAGAUCACCUACUACCGCAAGGACGGGUCAGACUUCCAGUGUAACAUUCACACUAUCCCGGUGAAGAAUGAGGAGGGCGUGGUGAUGAUGUUCAUCCUGAAUUUUGAUUACGUUUUGGAUGAGGGGAGUGACAACUCCGCAGAGAAGAUAAGCCCCGCAUCACCUACAAAGUCUGAUCAAAGGAGCAGAUUUUUCCGCUUCCGCCAGGCUGCCUUGAGCCUAAUGAAUACCAACAAGCAAUCUCUUCCACAAGAGGACCCAGAUGCUGUGAUGGUGGACUCACCCAAAGACAAUGAGGACUCGGUAGCCAUGCAGAGUUUCCCCUCACCCACAAAGAGCAUUUGCAGUCCCAUUGAGGCCAAUGACACCCAUGCCCUCAUCAGCUCCAGCCACCACUCCUCCCAGGCCAGCAUAGCCCCUGAACCGCUUGACCAUUCGUCCCCCAAACUCCUGUGGGAAAAGCUGUACCAGACGGAGGUGCACCAGUCCUCUAACUCCCUGUCCAAUACCUUUCCAAGAGGAAGCGUCACGAGCAUGAGGCGGGCGUCAUCUGUUCAUGAGAUUGAAGGCUACAGUUCCAGUUCCAAAAGCAUAUUCAGGGACCGCCAUACAAAUGAAGGUCCAUUUAAUCACGUGAGGUCCAGCCUGCUCGGCUCCACGUCGGAUUCCAACAUAAACAAGUACAGCACCAUCAACAAAAUCCCUCUGAUAGCCCUAACCUUUCCGGAAGGUAAUGACAAGAAGACUCACUCCCCUCCAACAUCAGAGAAAACCAUCCUUGCGCCAAAGGUCAAAGACAGGACGCACAACGUGACAGAAAAAGUGACACAGGUCUUGUCACUGGGAGCUGAUGUUCUGCCAGAGUACAAGCUGCAGACGAACCGCAUCGACAAGUUCACCAUUCUUCAUUACAGCCCGUUCAAAGCUGUGUGGGACUGGCUGAUCUUGCUGCUGGUCAUCUACACAGCCAUCCUCACGCCUUACUCUGCCGCCUUUCUCCUCAACGACCAAGAGGAGCAGAGGAGGCGUGAAUGCGGAUACUCGUGCAGCCCUCUUAAUGUGGUGGAUCUCAUCGUGGACAUCAUGUUCAUCAUUGACAUCCUCAUCAACUUCAGGACCACGUACGUGAACCAGAACGAGGAGGUGGUCAGUCAUGCAGCCAAGAUAGCGAUCCAUUACUUUAAAGGCUGGUUCCUAAUAGACAUGGUGGCAGCCAUUCCCUUUGACCUGCUUAUCUUCGGCUCAGGAUCAGAUGAGACGACCACUCUGAUUGGCCUGUUGAAGACAGCGAGGCUCCUUCGUCUGGUACGAGUAGCCAGGAAGCUGGACCGCUACUCUGAGUACGGCGCCGCCGUAUUGAUGCUUUUAAUGUGCAUCUUUGCCCUCAUCGCUCACUGGCUCGCCUGUAUAUGGUACGCCAUUGGUAAUGUGGAAAAGCCUUACUUGGAGCACAAAAUUGGCUGGCUGGACAACCUAGGAGUGUCCAUCGGGAAGAAAUACAACUACAGUGAUCCUAACUCUGGUCCCUCCAUCAAAGACAAGUAUGUCACUGCACUUUACUUCACCUUCAGUAGUCUAACCAGCGUGGGAUUUGGCAAUGUUUCGCCAAACACAAACUCGGAGAAGAUCUUUUCUAUUUGUGUCAUGCUGAUCGGAUCCCUCAUGUAUGCCAGCAUCUUUGGGAACGUCUCAGCUAUCAUCCAAAGGUUGUACUCGGGUACGGCGCGCUACCACGCGCAAAUGUUACGGGUCAAAGAGUUCAUCCGUUUUCAUCAGAUACCCAAUCCACUGAGGCAGAGGCUGGAGGAGUACUUCCAGCACUCCUGGGCCUACACCAACGGCAUUGACAUGAACACGGUACUCAAAGGUUUCCCGGAGUGCCUGCAGGCAGAUAUCUGCCUUCACCUCAAUAAUAAUCUUCUUCACAACUGCAAAGUGUUCGAAGGAGCCACCAAAGGCUGCCUGAGGGCCUUGGCUAUGCACUUCAAGACCACUCACGCCCCUCCUGGAGACACUCUGGUCCACAGUGGGGACGUACUCACUGCCCUCUACUUCAUGUCCCGCGGGUCUAUUGAGAUCCUGAAAGAUGACAUUGUGGUCGCCAUCCUGGGGAAAAAUGACAUCUUUGGUGAAAUGAUCCAUCUCUUUGCCAAACCUGGGAAGUCCAACGCUGACGUGCGGGCGCUUAGUUACUGCGACCUGAGUACCAUCCAGCGGGAGGAUCUUCUGGAGGUGUUGGACAUGUAUCCAGAGUUUGCCGACUACUUCUUUGCCAACCUGGAGCUGACCUUCAAUCUCAGAGAUGAGUCUGUGAAGCCUCCCAGUCCCGAGGGCUGUGACUCAGACGGUGAGGGAACCAGGAGUAUUAAAAGAAGGAUUUCAUUCACACCAGAGCCACCCAAAGUGGAAAACAAUGACGUCGGUACAGAACUGGAAAGGGGAAGGGAGUCAAACCUAUGCCUAAAGAGUAGUUCCGAAGUCCGGGGUCCCUCGACACCCAGCAGCCCCGUUCUGGACUCUAAUCUUCUCAGACACAACGAGGUCACAAACGGCUUGAGGAGAAGUCCAUCUUUUCAAGAUCUGUGCUGUGAUAAAUGGGUCUGCAAGAAGUCCAGAGACUACCUGGAUGAGUCAGCACAGUUCCAGGAGCUGAGAGAUGAUAAUUCGGCCAGCGAUCUUACCUAUGGCGAGGUGGAACAGCGCUUAAAUCAGCUGCAAGAGCAUUUAAACAGGUUGGAGUCUCAGCUAAUGUCCGACAUUCAAACCAUCCUGCAGCUGCUGCAGAGACAGCCCAUGUUGGGUCCUCCAGCUUACAGCACUGUGACCGCUAGUCCAGACUAUCACGGAUCUGCUGUGAAAAUUCAAACUACUGCGUUGACAGCGGGCCAUUUUUUCAGCCAUACACAAAGUCAAGGCCCUAACUACAAAGUCAAGAGAGCCUUUCAGGAAUCCAAAGACUCUAUGCCGAGCUUGGCCAGCCUGAAGGUGCCGGUCGAGGAUAAUCUUUCAACAUUGCUUUUACAAAGACAAACAGAAACACAAAAACAACAGCAGCAGCAGCAAGAGAUUAGCAGGGAUCAACAGUCAACGUUGAUCCUGAUUCCAACAUCCUCCUCCUCGUCCCCCACUUCUGACUGCAACCUCAACGCCACUGGACUCCAAAGACCUGUCUCAGACCCAGAGCUACCAAGGCCGUAAACCUUUCAGCAUUUGUGUUCUAACCUCUGGGUUGUAAUGCUGCAAUUACAUGCUAGUCACUUUUUAUCAGCAUGCUGCAACAGACAAAUAUAUAUUCUUGAUUUGCAGUUGCUUGGUAGUAUAUUUAAUGUGUUUCUUUUCAUGCAUUUGGAUAGAAUACUGUUCUUUGCGGUACAACAGUGCCACGGUCCUCUACAAAUAUUUCCAAUGUCAAUGCACUUAGAGAGCGCAAACCACCACCAAGGCCACUAUAGACCACCAGUAGCCAUUCUGUUAUAUGCAAAACCUCACACAUACAGUACUGUAUGUAUGGACAUACUUAUAUAAAAUAAGUAUUAGAAAUAGGCCUGUGAUUUCACCAAACUAGUAGGAUAGGACUGAAAUGUGAUAAUUAAAGACUACAUAUUCACCAGCAGUCACUCUAAGCUGUUCUCAUGAUAAUUUAGUCGGAUUUUCUACAAAAAAAAGAAUGCACUGUAAUUGGUUUUAAAUGACCUCUUUUCUGAGGCACUUUUUUUCUAGAAAUGAAUGUUAUGAAAAUAUUAUUGCCUAACUGAUUUGAAAUGAGCAGAAAUAUGGAAAUGAGCAAAUUUUGUGUUUUUAGUGCAACAUGUCUGCCAUCUUCUGGGAAGUGGGAUAUAAUAUAGUGGAUAUGCAGUCUUACACACCCGUGUGCAAAUGCCAGGUUUUUGUCAUAUGAAAGAUGAAAGCCAAGAUCUCAAAACCUUUUCCAAAUUUAAUGUGACCUCUUCCCUGUACAACUAAAUUUAAUCUUUUCGAAAGGCGAAGUAAAAAUGAACAACUGAAUUAAUUAAGUGUACACACCCUCUUGUAACAGAGAUGUGGCUGUGUUGAGAAUUACACACACAAUCACAAUCAUAUUCAGACUCAUUAAAUGGACUAAAUCUCCCAUAAAUGUGGGAAAAUGUGUUAUGAUCCGAUUGAACCAAGGUUGACCUUUUUGUCCCAAAUUCCAAAAGGGAGGUUUAGCGCAAAAACAACAUUGCUCAUCACCAAAAGGACACCAUACCGACAAUGAAGCAUGAUGGUGGCAACGUUUGGCUUUUGGGCUGUUUAUAGACAAGGUGGAAGGAAUUAUGAACCAUUCCAAAUUGCGGUCAGUGUUACCCCUGGAAAAAAAUAAAUGAAUAAAUAAAAAAUAAUUCUGAACACAGCCGAAUUAUGAGGGGGUGGGCACUUUUGCAAUCACAUUAUUAAGUUGUUUAUUUUUACAGUCCCUCUUGAAAAGAUUUUUAAAAUUUCAAUUUUCAUAAUGGUGGAAAAAGUUUUGAAAUUAUUUACUAUACCUUUUUUAUUCCACAAAAAACUGGCAUUUGAACAAGUGUGUUGACGUUGAUAUCCGGUGUAUUGCGUAUAAGAAUUAAUAAGAUGAUAUUAUUUCAAAGAGUCUAUUCCUUAAUAGGUUUAAACAAUUACCCUUGUGUUUCUGCACAACGGUCCUGUUCAAACUUAACAGUUAAUUUUUUUCCCCCAUUUCCCACUAAACUCUCACUUUUUAGUGGCAGAGCAGAUGGAGAGAUGGAUCUGAGCUUAACAAUAUGUUGUUUACGCAGGCACAUGAUAAGCGAAUGAAAUCCAACUAUCCUGCGGGUCCAGGAUUCAAAACACUUUCUUUCUUCACAUAUAAGCAUAUAAUACAAGAAACAAACCUUUGCAUGCUAUACUACGAGUCACAAAGACAGAAUAAAUUUUGGUUCAGAUUUAUUUGGAUGACACUAAACCAGAACUAGUGGGUCAAAAUAUUCCCCACGUUUGAGCCCAUCCAAGUAUUUUUGCACGUAUUAGUGUACUACAGCAUUCACACUGAGGUACCAGAACUGUUUCUGAAUCCUUGGCUGUAUGCCUGUCUUCUCUGAAGUGUGACUCAGGGGUUAUGGACAAUUGCACUGCAGUUUACAGUAUCCAGAAUACUGUAAAACUGUCUCUUUAUACAAUGUGCAUUAUUACUUAGGUCACAGGUGUGCACCUACUGUACAUAACACUAUCAUUUGUAGACAAAAGCAUGUUUUUGGGUUUUUUUUAAAUCUGUAUAGACAUUGUUUUUGCACCACUUGCUAGCCCAAAAUAGCUUAUAUUAUAAUGAUGUCAGUAUACUUGUCUUUUACCACAUAGAAAGUUAGUGUUUGCACAUGGACAGCCCCGAAAUAGGGUCUUGUGCCUAUACCGUGAAUACAAAUGCUAUGUCAGAAUAUUUUUAACAUAUCAACAAGUCAUUUCAUUUCCCAGCACAAUUUUGGUGGCAUUGUAUAUUGAAACAUUGCUAGAAACUAAAAAUGAAACUCAUUGUAUUACCAAAUGUUUAAAAAAAUAUAUAUUAUUUUUUUACUUUUUAAUUAUUUUAGAAAGUUAGAAGAUGCUUGUUUUGAAACUGUGGGAUUGGCAAUAAAAGGAGACAGUAAAA